AUGUACAGAAAACCUUCUGUCAAACUUGAACCGAAAGAAGGUUCUAAGGAACCUGAAAGAGGUCGAUUGGAAACUUCAUCCAACACUGACAUUCAAGUGGAAGCUACUACAGUUGAAGGAAAUGCAGCCAGAUACAAUUCAUCUCUUGACAUGACGCUAAAGGGUUUUACUCUGAGCAAAACUUUUUCUUACAUGUCCAGCAAACCUUCUGUCGACCUUAAACCGGGAGGUACAUCUCAAUCACCAGAAACGAUGGAACCAGAAGUUACUCUUACAACUGAAAAGAGUCCACUGGAAAUUUCAUCCACCAAUGACAUUCAAGAGGAAGCUACUAAAGUUAACAGUGGUGAUAUGCAAAACAUGCAUGUAGAAGAUUCAGUCUCUGGAAAUAUGGAGUCCGUACUUGGAGGAGCUGCAGCCAGAUACAACUCAGCUCUUGACAUGACCCUGAAGGCCCUUGUGAGCAUAAACGUUCUUAAACAAGAUAUAAAAAACAAUAAGCAACCAUUUAAGGACAACCAGGAAGAAGCGCUACAGAGUUUAUUUACUGCUGUUGUGUCAGAGGAAAUAAAAACUGAGGGAGUCUACAGUCUCGUCCUGAGAUACUUACUCGUGUCCCUGGAAGACGUUAAUUCCAUGCUUAAUCAAAGUCGAGUGAUUCUGCUGAGAUACUUGUUACCAUCCUUGAGUCUUGGCAUUGCUGGAAAAAUUCAGAAGGAGAAAGCUUGGUGA